AUGCUUCUGCAACGCAAACACCCCGGAUCGCGGUCCUCCGGUAACACGCGCGACAACAUAACGCGCCCGGCGGCCUUUCGUGGCAGCAGCAGCUACACCACUGUCGUCAAUCUUGACAAUGUUUGCACACUCGCCCUAAAGGAGAAGCGCCGGGAGCGCCUCGCCGCUGAGCCUGCGGACAAAGCGCCCAUCGUCAACCUGCUCAGCUACGCGAAGCUGUUCCGCAAGGCCCCCGCGGCUGCGUCAACGCCGAGGUUCGGUGCAAGAUUGAAGAGGCUGGUCGUGUGA